AUGAGGGUCUUCAAAUGGUCCUCGGAUUUCGAUGCAUAUUGUGAGUCCCCGAUAGCAGCAAUUUGGUGUAAUUUAAUCGGGCUCCCAAUUCACUUGUUUGAUCAAUCCGCUCUUUUCGCCAUCGGCAAGCUCCUCGGCAAUCCAAUCCAAGUUGAUCGGGCCACGGCUACCAAGACGAGACUCUCCUUUGCCCGCAUUUGUAUUGAGAUUGACAUCACCAAACCGCCCCCUGAAGAGAUAAUCCUUGACUUGUGCGGCCGCGAGUUGGUGCAACAAGUCCGGUGGGAUAAGAUCCCAUCCUAUUGCCAAGAGUGUAAACAUGUUGGUCAUACAAGUGAUGUGUGCUAUGCGAUGGGCAAAAAGGAAAGGCCGCCGAAACGAAACUACAAUAUCAACCCGCAAAAGAAGGCAAACCCUGAAGGCCACGGUAUGAAGGGCAUGCAAGAUGCGGUGAGGCACAAUCCUAACUCCAAUGAAGGGAACCGCCAAGGGAAGAAUACGGGCAAUGCCGGGAAUCGUCCUAACAACAAUUCAAAUGGAGAGGAGGAAAGGGAUACAACUUGGGAUGGUCCGGACAUUAUGGGUGGAACCCAAGGAGGGAAUGCUUCGUGCCCCGGAACAUUCAAAGUGGGCCUCAAGCGCGGGGGAGGGGAAAAAGGGAACCCAACACCCCCGACCACCGAGCCACCUUCACCAAUUCAUGGAGAUAUGGAUGCGGAAUGGGAGUACACCAAGGCGAGCCGAUCGGUGUCCCCGCCUACACGAGGGAGUGCGAGAGGGGGCGCACGCCAUGCAAUGACUAGGGGGGGUGGUUUCUUCUCAAAAUUUGAUGUCGACAAUUGUGGGGAAGCGGACGACUCGGCCAUGGACAUGCAAGUGGGGACCGAGAGGAUUGGAGACGGCUCUCCACUUGACAAUGCCGAGGAGCACGCAACGAACAAAGAGCAACAUCUCAUUGAAUAUCAAGGAGGGACUUCGUCUCCUUCGGGUACGCAUCCUACUUGUUAA